GCUCAGAAAUUUCAUCAUCCCCCGAACAGCAUUUGAUUGGCUGUGGUGGUGUACUAUUUUUCUUCCGGUUGCACCAUUCUAGACAAUCUUGCGAUAAUAACAAAAUAGUAAAUAAAAUAAAACCCAAACAGUAGCAUGAAAAUCAAUAUUAUACUACCUUCUCAUCGGGUGAGCGAAUGCUUUAGUUUGAAAAUGGGGCAUGAUACAAAUUUAUUGCCGAGACAUUUUUGCCGAUUGAUGAAAACAAUCGAUAGCUUCAGUAAUCACCAGGCGAAGAUCACGAACUACGAGGAUAACAUGGAGGAGUUUGAGCUACAAAUUACCCCGACCGAUGGGGCUUAUAGAGGAGGUCAAUUCAAAUUUUCAGUUAAGACGGAAGACUACCCUAACACUCCACCGGUACCGAGAUGCGUCAACAAUAUAUACCACCCGAAUAUGGACUUAGAUGACGGCUCUGUGUGCUUGAGUUUGCUUGACGAUUGGAACGAAAGCAACGAUUUGGAAGACUUGGUACAAGGACUGCUGUUUUUGUUUUAUAAUCCAAAUCUUGAAGAUCCGCUUAGUCCGUUGUUUGACUUGACUGAUGAUUACGAAUAUGGAAGUUUCGAGGAAAACGUUCGAGCUUCUCUGGAAGGAAAAACUGUCGAAGGGAUUACCUUUCCAAGAGCUCUUUCGGGAGACGGGAAGGACAUUGAGGGAGAUUCAAAAACCCCCAAGGACAUCACAACCAAUGACAAUGUAAACAAAUGUAAAACAGAGAGUGACUUUGAAGUAGUGAACAUUUACAUGCCAGAUAUGAGUGUUACAUGGGUCAGAGUAAGACCGGCUUGGAUAAUAUAGGGUAAUGGAGUUGAAAAAAAGUUAUUGCAAUACGCACGCAUAAUAGUUAUAUAGAUUACCUAGUCACUAGAUAUUUUAUCUGUGCACAUAUUUGCUUUACAAAAAAAUGUAUAUAUACAUAUUUUUUAUCAAUUCAAUAUUUUGAUAUGAAAAUUACAAAUUGUAAAUGUAAAUGAUUUUAUAAAUAGAUAGGGGUUUAGGAGGACCAAGAUUUCAAAGGAGCACCACUGGGAUUGUCUUAUAAUGAAUUUCAAUAUACCAAUCUACUAAGGAAAGUAUUUAAGACUUGGUAUAUUACCUCUUGACCCCUAUUCUCACAGUCUUUGUUAUACAAAUGGUGAUGGGGCAGGUUUUAAUAUCCAAAUAAGCUAUUGUAAAAUAUUUAAAGUGCAAGAUUUGCGCAGUGAAUCGUCUUUUUAAAAAGGUUUGAAAAUGUUUGUAAAACAUUAUCUGGAUGUUUAUUGUUAGUACUGUGGUGAAGAUUUAUGUUAAAUAUGGACAUAGACCAAAGUUGAUAAAAUUAGAAAAUACAUACCAUUUGAAUCUUAUGAUAAAAUGAUUAAAAAAUUUGCAUAAAUACGA